GUCGGCCCGUUGCCGCGAACUGAACUGGAUUUAAUUAAAUUAUAUUGAAGUUAAGUGAAGUGAAGUUAAGAAAGUGAUUUAUCAGCAAUGAAGUAUAUUAGCAAGCGCCAAAGAAAACGACAGGGCUUGCCGAAUGCUGAAAUUCAUCAAGGCAGCGACGCAAAUGGCCAGAAGAAAAAAAUCAAGUGGCUACCAAAGAAAGCCAAAAUAAAGCGAAGCCACAAGAACCCGGCAAAAUUUUUGGAUAGAACGAAUAAAUGCAAAUACCAGUCCAGUUCGUAUUCGUAUGCAUCGGCCGAGCAACGCCAGCGUCCCCAGGGCCCAUUGCUACCGUCACCGGAUGGUUCCCAGUUCGAGGGCAGCGUGACCAGUAGCCAGGAGAGCAGUGCCACAAGCACCAGCAUCAGCACCAUCGGGGGCGAUCUAGAGUUGGAGGGCGCGCAACGCCCCAAGGGACACUAUAUCCACUCCGGCCAGUCCCUAACCCUGGCCAACUUCAUUGAUCCGGAGCUGCUUAUGCGGACAAGCGCGGGCAAGUCUUCGAAAUUGCCGAGAAAGCCAUUAAUGGCUUUGCCCGUACCGCCAAUAACAUCCACAUUACGGAAACCAUCACCGACUCUACCACAACCCAUGAAAUCAGCUUUACCAUCAGAUGUACCAAUACCCAAAGCAUUGCCAUCUUCGUCGUCAAAGCAAUCGCCCAAUUUGGCAACGGCCAGCUUCGCGGAUUGGUACAAGUCCGGUCAGUGGGUCUCGUUUGUGAAUGAUUUCGCCGAGGAUCCCGAUGAUAUCUCAUGGAUCUCUAGUCAGGCAGCCAUACCGCGCAUAUCGGUUCUAUGCAACGAACCCGAUUUCGGGCCACUAAUGACCCCGGAUAAGGGCGAUGGCGUUGCGCCGCCACAAUUCUGGAGGAACCCGCUUAGCCUGGGCGUAUCAGGCUUGGAUAAACCCGAUAAGGAGCUCUUCGAGUACCUCAAACUGAAACCCAUUGGCUAUGAGAUGCUGCUUGCACGGAAGCAGAAGCGGGCCCAGAAGUCAAUCGAUGAGCAGGUCAUGGAGCUGGUCAAGUGGGUGGAGAGUACCCAGUAUAUUUGGCAAGUGAUGCCCGAGAAACCAAUGACCUGGUCCUUGCAGCGACAGCAUCUCCAAAGACCACCGAACUGUGGCAUGUACAUGCCAAAGCAGCAGCAGCUGCAACGCAAACAGCAACACCGCCAGCAACAUCAGCAACAUCAGCAACAUCAGCAACAUCAGCAACAUCAGCAACAUCAGCAACAUCAGCAGCAUCAGCAGCAACAACAGAAGAGAUACCAACAGCAACACAAGAAAUAUCAAUACAAACAGCAGUACAAGGUGCCAGCCAAUCUCUUCAAUCUUGGCGUCCACGACAAUUAUGGUGCCGUUAACUUGUAUCCCCAGCCAAUGGUCACCUGGCCACCGUACACGCAGCAGAGGAUCCCCAUUUCUAACAGGGUUGGAUCGGGAUCGGGUUCGGGAUUCCAUGGCAAUCAGCGCCAUCAAAAGGGUUAUAAUAUCAUUAACAACUGGUGGGACAAUCCCUACUACGUGAACUGCGUCGCCCAGAUGGAGCCCUUCCCGGUGAACCUUCUGCCGGAGGAGCUGCAGGCAGCGCAAAUGUACGCCAUGCAGGCCGUACAUUUCUUCGAGGUGCCGAUGCCCGUGGACAUGAUCCACCAUGGUGCCCCACCGCCUUAUGUGCCCUACCAUCAGGUUCAGCCGCCAUUCCAUCCCCCGAUGGUCCCUCCGAUGGGGGUGCCACCACCUGGGUUCUAUCCAAAGCGCCAGCCAGGACGAAUGCCAGAUGCAGGACCCCAAGGAGUAUAUUACUCAGGAGGAGCAUGCGGCACAAGCAAGGCAAGUGCUGGUGCUACAGGUACAGGUUCAAAAAUUUGGGAACCAAAAGGCUACAGGAGCACCGCUGAUGGCUAGUGGUGACAGUGGUGCCAGUGGCUCCAGUGAUGACCUCCCGGACCUCGAUGUCAUCAAUUUUAACUCUACAAACUUCCCACCGCUUCCCGUGCCUCCGA